CGGUCAGCUGCCGCGUCUCUGCUCAUCAAUAGGCAGCUCCACACUCUAAUCCCCCCAAACCUCUCUCUCUCUCUCUCUGUCUCUCUCUCUAGGGAGAUAGAGAUAAAAAUGCAAACUUCACCAUUCAGCCAUGGACGCUCCCACCACCACCACCACCACCACCAACUCCUCCUCCUCUGGGAAAGGUGGCGAAUGACCUAGGCGGAGAAGCGUCUACGAAUGGGUUCAAUAUCUCAGGCUUAGAUAUAUAUAUAUAUAUAUCGAGAGAGAGAGAGAGAGAGAGUAGGAAAAGAUGGGUCAGGGACUUAGUUGCACGGCGAGCCACGAACAUGAGCUCUUCACUGCUGUUCAGUUCGGGGACUUGGAAACUGUUGAGACUCUCUUGGAGAGAGACCUAACUCUCAUCCACCAAACCACAGUUUACGAUCGCCACUCUUCUCUUCACAUAGCAGCUGCCAAUGGCCAGAUCGAUAUUGUUACUCUGCUUUUGGAUAGAUCUGUUAAUCCAGAUUUGUUGAACCGUCACAAGCAGACACCACUGAUGUUGGCUGCAAUGCAUGGGAAGAUCUCUUGUGUGCAAAAGCUCAUUCAAGCUGGAGCUAAUAUUUUGAUGUUUGAUUCAAUUCUUGGAAGAACCUGCUUGCACUAUGCUGCUUACUAUGGCCAUUCUGAUUGCCUUCAAUCCAUUCUCUCUUCUGCCAGUUCCUCCCAUGUUGCUGUUUCUUGGGGAUUUUCGCGUUUUGUAAAUAUCAGAGAUGGUAAAGGAGCAACUCCAUUGCACUUGGCAGCCCGUCAAAGGCGGCCUGAAUGUGUCCAUAUUCUCUUAGACAAUGGAGCUCUCGUGUGUGCUUCAACCGGGGGUUAUGGAUUCCCUGGAAGCACUCCCCUUCAUUUGGCUGCUAGAGGGGGUUCUCUAGAUUGCAUUCGUGAACUGCUGGCAUGGGGCGGUGAUCGACUUCAAAGAGACUCAUCUGGGAGGAUACCAUACACCAUUGCUCUAAAGUAUAAGCAUGGAGCAUGUGCAGCAUUGCUAAAUCCGUCAUCAGCUGGGCCUCUUAUAUGGCCAUCACCUUUGAAGUUCAUUAGCGAGCUUAAUGCAGAAGCGAAAGCUUUGUUAGAACGAGCCCUAAUGGAGGCAAACAGAGAAAGGGAGAAGAACAUUUUGAAGGGAACAGAUUACUCGCUCCCAUCUCCAUCACAUUCCGAUGCUGGAAUGGGUGACAAUGUGUCCGAGGCCAGCGACACUGAGUUAUGCUGCAUAUGCUUUGAUCAAGUGUGCACAAUCGAAGUGCAAGAUUGCGGCCACCAAAUGUGUGCGCAAUGCACACUAGCAUUGUGCUGCCACAACAAACCCAACCCAACAACGGCAUGCCUUGCUGCACCAGUAUGCCCUUUUUGCCGGAGCAGCAUUGCUCAACUAGUGGUUGCCAAAGUCGAGACCAACCAUGACAUUGCCAUCUCCAAGCUAAGAAGGUCGAGGAAGUUGAGGAACUUCAGCGAGGGAAGCAGCAGUUUCAAGGGCUUGUCGGCAGUUGGUUCGUUUGGCAAUAAAACUGGUGGUGGCCGGGGCUCAGGGAGGAUUGCUGCUGAGAAUGAGUGGGCUGAUAAGCCUUGAUGCCCAGCAAAAAUUAGGAUUUGGGGAUAGAUCUCUAUCUGCAUUGUAGAUUUUGGGAAGCUAAUAAGCAAAGAAGUGAUUUGCAUGGGUUGGUGAGUAUUGUUGUGCGGGUCUCAUUGUUGUAUUCUUGGUUUUUUAUAGCUUGAAGAAAGCAUAUUUGGGUGCGUUGAGGGCCUGUUGGUUUCCUGGAACAGAAGAAAAUAAUUCUUCUUCGCAUCCAAUCCUCUUGUUGUGUUUUGGAUUUUGGCUUGUGGAUUUACUAGAAGAUAAAGGAUGAGAAAAACAAAUCAAAUAAAGACUACUCUUUUUUUCUUCUUCUUCA